UCGCUGUUUAUAUAACAGGGAGGCGACGAAGCCGAAGGUUGUUGUUUUGUCUGCGUGCUUUACUUUCAGCAACAGAAACAUGAUGUGGAAGAUUGUCUUUUCUCUUCUUGCGGCUGUCUUCGUCGUCGGACAGGGUGCUACUAUGCCGGGGGGACGCAUAGAUAUAGAUAUCAGUGACGCAGGAGCGCAAAAUGCCCUGAACUUCGCCGUUGUCCAGCACAACAAAGGCACCAACGAUCUGUUCCUCAGCCAAGUGGCAGAAGUGGUAAAGGUCCAGAGCCAGGUGGUCGCUGGCACCUUGUACACCAUUACUGUGAAAAUGGGGAAGACCUCCUGCAGAAAGGGCAGUGCAAAUGAAGUGUGCCCCGUCCAUGAAGACCCAGAAUUGGCUCGGCCCUACCAGUGCACAUUCACCGUGUGGAGUAGGCCAUGGUUGAAUGAAAUCUCACUGCAGAAGGAGAUCUGCCAGUCAUAGAGAACUGCGUGGGAAAUCUUCAGUGUUGGCACUGUUUGUAAAACUGUCACACACAAGCAAUAUGCAUUUUCUUGUACACAAACCACAAAAGUAUUAACAUUUCCAUCUUCCCAAUGCUAUGUUACUGUGUGCUAGGCUGAAUAACCCCUGAUAGUCUCAUUGUUUUGGAGUUCAGACUAAUCUAUGCAGUGCAGACAGACAUUAAUUUUUAGAGGAGCAGCUUCAUUAUGUAUAAUCAUUAAAUCAAGCAAGCAGAUAUUAAAUCAUUGUAAACCAAACUGUUUAAUAGGGUUUUAAAAACCACAAGCUGUUUUAAAAUUAUUUUGGAAAUAAAGUAGCACAUGAACUUGAAAA